AUGAGGUAUUCUCACAGACGUUUAGUUGAGACAGAUCAAACAAAUAAUGAGGUAUUCUCACAGACGUUUAUUCACCCCCCCCCCCUUUUUUUUUGGACGUUCGGUCGCGUGGUGCUGACUCGCCACAAGGAUACCAAAGAAUACAGCGCUCUCAAGGAUCACAUCAAGUCGGAGAAACAAAUCCUUUCUUCCAUCAGCCACCCUUUCCUGGUCAACCUACUGUGGGCCCACAAAGAUGACACAUUCCUGUACAUGUUGCUGGAGUAUGUUCCAGGAGGCGAGCUCUUCUCUUACCUCAGAAGCAUGGGCCGCUUCAGCAAUUCGGCAGGUAAUUUCUACGCCAGUGAGAUCAUAGUGGCCCUGGAAUACUUACAUGGCAAGGCCAUUAUCUACAGAGAUCUGAAGCCUGAAAACCUGCUACUGGACAGAGAAGGUCACCUCAAGAUCACGGACUUUGGGUUUGCUAAAGUGGUAGAAGACAGGACAUGGACACUGUGUGGGACUCCAGAGUACCUGGCUCCUGAAAUCAUUCUCAGCAAAGGUCACAACAAGGCUGUGGACUGGUGGGCUCUGGGAGUCUUGAUAUAUGAGAUGUUGGCAGGGUACCCUCCAUAUUAUGCAGAAAAUCCAUUUGGAAUUUAUGAGAAGAUCAUCGCAGGAAAAACAGAGUGGCCGAAACAUAUUGAUACCAUUGCCAAAGAUCUCAUUAAGAAAUUACUCCAUCCGGACAGAACUCGACGACUAGGAAACAUGAAGAACGGAGCUGAGGACAUCAAGAAACAUAAAUGGUUCAAAGGUCAAAACUGGGAGGAUGUCUUAGCAAAGAAAUUAAAGCCGCCAAUUGUUCCAAAGAUCUCACAUGAGGGAGAUACAACCAACUUUGAGACAUACGAUGAGGACGACUGGAGGACAACACCGGCAGCUUCUGAAGAACACAAUGAACGCUUUAAAGACUUUUGA